CGAAGAAAACGUCAUAUGAUCAGAAGUGCAAAAUCGGGGUGUACGGCAAAGACUGGUCGAAAUGUUGCGGACGAUUUUCCUCGUUUUUGCGCUGUUUGCAGCUGCAAACUGCGAUCAGCUAUCGGUGUUACAUUCGCCGAAGGCCGUCGAGUUCCGUGGUAACUCCCAUCUGGAUUCGGAUUCCGUGCCAGAUGUGUUCGCCGCUGCCCUUGGAUAUUCCGUCAGUCACCCGACGGAAUGGGAUGGCAUGGUCGUGAAAGACCCGUUCAAUACGCCCGACGGAGCCGUCGUAGUGGUGGCCGAAGGUCUGGACUCUUUCUCCCUCAAGGACGCACGGACCUACAAACUGGAUGGCAACACGGGUUCCCUCGCUCUUAGUGAGCUCCUGCAGAAAACGGCAGACCAUCAAGUGGUUGGCUUCGAGGUGGAUCUGAAAGAUUCGUCGGACAGCUUCGCCACACCAUUGGGAACGGUGCAGCCGGACGACGAAGAAUUUAGUGCGCAGCAUCUGAAGCCAAAGGUGAACAAAGCCGAUGCGGACUUUUUGCGUCAAGUUGCCUACGUCAAUGGUCUGAGCGAUCUGCUGGUCACGUCGACCGAUCGAAUCCCUGCCGUACAUAUCGUUCGCGUGUCGUUCGAGGCCUUGCUGGCUUCCCACGAGCACAACUCCGCUGCACUAGAGGAGGCCAGGAAGCUGUUCGCUACCGCGCUCGAAGGACUGCAGACGGCCGCGGAGAAGGCGUUCGAUGGGUCGGUGAUUGUGGGGCUGGUUACAGCCAGUGAAAAACCGUUGACACGCUCAAAGCGACAGGCUCAAAAGCAGGAGGAAGAAGAAGAUGAUAACCCACUGAACUUGGCCAAGAAGUACAACGGCAACUACCCGGUGAUCUUCAACAUCAUCCUCUGGUUCAGCGUGGUGCUGGCCUUCUCGCUAAUCGCUAUUUCGAUCGUGAUCGGCACAAUGGAUCCGGGACGCGAUUCGAUCAUCUAUCGCAUGACAUCGACCAGAAUGAAGAAGGACAACUAAUUUCUGCUCGUUCGUUACGCGGGAGUCGCAGGACCAUAGUUUAGAGGAAACAAACCAAUCAAUCCUCCCUGUAAAAUAGUAUCAGUGCCAGUGAAGAGCAUCGCAUCGUAAAAAUAUCCACGACACAAGUAUUACAAAUGCCUCACGACACUUCGAUUGUCAUCGGUCAACCACUUCCGGCUCGCUCGCAGACCAAACACAAACAAUGGACCGAUUCAACGCCAAGAGACACCACUCAUUGCAAGGCAAUCGCAGACUCUUCUAUUCUUUCGUCGCAACAACAUCGAUGCUGUGAUGUGAUACUAGCUGCGUGCCAGACGAGUAUACUUACGUUCUCUCCAUAGUCAAUGUUCCGAAAAACAUCGAGCCAAGAGUAUGCGCUCCGGACAAAUGCACGCACUGAUUUGUUUUUAUGUUGUUAUUUGAGUUUCUGAGGAUGGAGUUUCAAAUAAAAGGAGAUAACAUUCCGUAGUUAUCUAUUGGACGAA